UGUUUUUGCUUUCGAGUUAUUUGAUUACUUCUCGUUCAGCAUUGGUUGUAAAGUAAUCUUCCUCUAUAGUUGGCGUGUAUCGUCAGGUUGAUAGCUUACGUACUCAUUUGCUUUAUCGGCUGAGUAUAAGGACACAUUAGUUGAACUUAUUAUUAAACUAUUAAAUUCUUUCUUUUGUUAACUCUGAACUAAACAUGCUAGAAAUAUGGUUGAAAAGGUUGGCUGGAGUCGUUUUAUUGAUGCUAAUGUUCGUCCUAAUUGCGGUCGUUUGCAUUGUCUGGACCAUGCCGGACGGUAAGCAAAUAGACGUGGACACGGAGAUAUGUCUGCAGAAUGAGUGUGGUACAACAACCGAUGUGUUACAUCAAAUAUUUGAAAAGGAAAUUUUAUCUGCAUAUGUUGCAGCUGAGAACCAGGAGAAAAUUCAAACAAAUAAGUACAUAGAAGAAGCAUUGGAACACGACGUACAGCUGAUGACAAACUACAAAAACACAUUGUGGAGCAUGAAGCCUUCAGCAAAAUUAGUUGGUAACCGUGAAGAACAAGAACACGUUUCAGGUAAUAGUACAACAGUAACGGUCAUGUGUUGGCGUCAUGACAAAGAUCUGUAUUACACCACAGGUUUUCAAAGACACGGAAUUAGGUUUCAAAAUGGCCGAUUAAUAGUCCCUGUAAGCGGUACCUACUACAUAUACUCGUUCCUAGGGCUUACAGAACGACGUCUAACGGACGACGGAAUUCCCGUAGAUUCAAACAACAAGCAAGAAAUAAAACAUGCAAUGUAUAAGUAUAACGUACUCGAGACCGUUGAAGUGGAAAUCGCAUCAAAUUUACAGUCUCGUAAAAACGCUUCGCGAGGUUACUAUAAUUAUUACGCGAGUCAAAUAGCGACGUUGGCGCAGCUUGACGCCGGUGAUGAAAUAUCAGUCAAGCUAAGCGACGUUACGCUUCUGAAAAACACGGGGAACAACUACUUUGGCCUGCAUCUCAUAUGACAUGCAUCUGUUAUAACAUCUCUGGCAUUGGAGCAGCGUCCACGUCGCGCCAGAGGGAUGGAUGGACCAACGAAUGCUCUAACAUUGGCAGCAUUGAAAGUAUCAAUGCGUUUAAAUCUGUCAGAUAACAGUGCCUUAAUAUGACGAAAAAUUAAAUUGUGUGUGUGUGUGUGUGUGUGUGUGUGUGUGUGUGUGUGUGUGUUGAUGUCUGUGUAAAACUUAUUAGAACUGAUGCCAAAAUAUGCUUAGCUCUUGAAUACAACUAAAACUUAAAUAGCCACUUCGGGUAGGAACAAUUAAACAGUAUGCAUACACUUUUGUAUAGAUUGUUUUACUAUCAAAGAUGUUAAAAUGGAAAUAUAUUUUAUCUUAG